GAAAGAGGGAGUGGACAAGGAACCCAUUUGUCUCCUUUGAUUCUUUUAUAUAUUUUUUUGAGCAAUUUGCACUUUUGAUUGUUGAAUGCUGAUUGUGCUCCUCAAAGCACGUCACAGCGCAAAAAUCCUGUCCUUUUUAAGAUCUCAUUUCAAUCGUCUUCGAGUUUUUACCUGAGGAAGUUGAUCAUAUACGCAGACUUAAAAGAAGGAUCAAGCAGUCAAUUGAAAGUAUAGUAAUCAAUACCCAACUCAGUGUUUACCAUAAAUGAAGGAAGAACCAAACCAAACCCAAGGAAUGGACAAAGACCUCAAUCUAGAAGACCCCCUUGAAAAAUUACAGUCCUUAGACUCAGAAAAUCUCCCUCCGUGGUCGAAACAACUAACGCCCCGAGGCCUCGUGGCGAGCCUCAUCAUCGGAGUUAUAUACAGCGUCAUUGUGAUGAAACUGAACUUGACCACCGGCCUCGUCCCUACCCUCAAUGUUUCUGCCGCUCUCCUCGCCUUCGUCUUCCUUAGAACUUGGACUGAACUCCUUCACAAGCUCGGCAUUGUCACUGAACCUUUCACCCGGCAGGAGAACACCGUGGUCCAGACUUGCGCAGUUGCCUGCUAUAGCAUCGCCGUCGGAGGGGGGUUUGGGUCUUAUAUGUUGGGAUUGAACAAGAAGACAUAUGAACAAGCUGGGAUCGACACAGAAGGGAACGCACCGGGGAGUUAUAAGGAGCCUGGGAUUGGUUGGAUGACUGGAUUCAUGUUUGUUGUUAGUUUUGUUGGGAUUCUUACCUUGGUUCCUUUGAGAAAGAUAAUGAUAAUUGACUACAAAUUGACUUAUCCAAGCGGCACUGCCACUGCUGUUCUCAUCAAUGGUUUUCAUACUCCUCAUGGAGAUAAAAUGGCGAAGAGCCAAGUGCAUGGUUUCACGAAGUUCUUUACUGUCAGCUUCAUCUGGAGUUUCUUCGAGUGGUUCUACUCAGGAGGAGAUGUGUGUGGAUUUUCACAGUUCCCAACAUUUGGCCUUAAAGCUUGGAAACAGACAUUCUUCUUUGAUUUCAGCCUCACAUAUGUUGGAGCUGGGAUGAUUUGCUCUCAUCUUGUGAAUCUCUCUCUUCUUCUUGGAGCAAUUCUUUCAUGGGGAAUGAUGUGGCCCUUGAUAAGUGAGCUCAAAGGGACUUGGUACCCUGAAAGCUUACCGGAAAGUAGUAUGAGAAGUUUGCAGGGCUAUAAGGUUUUCAUCUCAAUUGCACUUAUACUUGGAGACGGGCUCUACAACUUCCUCAAGGUUCUUGCUUUUACUGCAAGAAGUAUUCAUUCUCGAUCAAGAUGUAGAAACCUUCAAAAAGUGGCAGGUACUCCUCUCCUUGAUGAUAUCCAACGUAAUGAGGUUUUCAUGAAAGAAAGCAUUCCUCUACGGCUUGCCUUCUCCGGAUACAUAUUCUUCACAAUUAUCUCCCUCAUCAUCAUUCCCAUGAUGUUCCCCGAGGUAAAAUGGUACUAUGUCAUCAUCGCCUACAUCAUUGCCCCCAUCCUCGGCUUUUGCAAUGCUUAUGGUACUGGCCUCACAGACAUGAACAUGGCCUACAACUAUGGCAAAGUUGCCCUCUUCAUUCUCGCCGCUGUUGCUGGCAAAGACUCUGGAGUAGUCGCAGGCCUCAUAGGCUGCGGGCUAAUAAAAUCCGUAGUAUCAAUCUCCGCUGACUUGAUGCACGAUUUCAAAACGGGUCAUCUAACCCUAACAUCCCCUCGAUCAAUGCUCCUUAGUCAAGCCAUUGGAACUGCCAUGGGAUGUGUCAUCGCUCCUCUUACCUUCUUCCUCUUCUACAAAGCAUUUGAUAUUGGAAAUCCAGAUGGAAAUUUUAAAGCUCCUUAUGCGUUGAUAUAUAGAAACAUGGCUAUUCUCGGUGUUCAGGGUUUCUCUGCGCUGCCUCAGCAUUGCUUGCAGCUCUGCUAUGGAUUUUUCGGAUUCGCUGUCGCAGCUAAUUUGAUGAGGGACCUACUCCCAUCAAAGUAUGGGAGGUGGGUCCCGUUGCCGAUGGCGAUGGCCGUUCCAUUCUUGGUCGGAGCGAGCUUCGCGAUCGAUAUGUGUGUUGGGAGUCUGAUAGUGUUUACUUGGCACAAGAUUGAUAGAGAGAGGGCUUCUCUUAUGAUUCCUGCGGUCGCCUCUGGUUUGAUUUGUGGAGAUGGGCUUUGGAUACUUCCAUCUUCUCUUCUUGCUCUUGCAAAGAUUAGUCCUCCUAUGUGCAUGAAUUUUUUGCCUACCAGAUUAUUACGUAUGUAGAAAUUUGGAGUAUUUUUCGACGAAGAAUUCAAAGAUGAUGGAAAAAGAAAAGUGGAGAUCAAGUUUACUUCUACUGACAAGAACAGUGAAGAGAGAGUAAGGUAUGUACAUACAGUAGUCAUAAGAGAGAUGAGAUUUAUGUUUGGGUAGAGAGCAGAUGAUUCUAGGGCAGAGAGAAUUUGCAUAAUCCACUGUGUUCAUCUUCAUGUAAAUAAUUUGAGAGUUCUAUAAAAGAAUAUUAUGAAAAAUAUUAUUUAUAUCAUUAUUAAUUAUUUAUUUAAUAUA